GAAAAAAAGUACGAAACUGCCCCUAACCCCUUUCAUCCGAUUCAGUUUGUUUUCUUUUUUGUUUAGCUUAGCUUCUCCUGAUCCUCUGCACUUUUUAUACAAAUUGAUACAAUUAAGAGGGAAACGUGAAAGACGUUGAAAGAGAUCUAAGUUUGCCGAGGAGCCUAAUGAAGUUACCAGAGAAAAAGGAAGUCAAUAAUUUUGUGUCAAUAAUUAUGCUAAUGAAGGAAUCUAAGUUUAAGACAAUAAGAUUGUCAAAUCCUAAUUAAAUAAAAAAACGAGAGGAAGUUUUGUGUCAAACAACUGUCGUUGAAGGAAAUCGGUUUAAGAAUGAGCUUAAUGAAAUUUGAGAAAUAUUAACGAAAAGAAGAGAAAGUUAAAUUUAAUUUGAUUAAUGUCUAUUAAGUAGUUAAAGGCACUCAGGUGAAUUCAGCCUGAAUCUUCCUAAACUAUGGAAAAAAAGCCUCAGAUCCUCCAUCAAACAGCUGAUCGACUGUCAAACUGCGCUUCGUCAACUUGGUGUCGACUCUGAGUGAUGUCGUAAUAUUGAAAAUUCUCACAUCAAUAUAUAUAUUCUGUCACACGAUUUUCGGCGCAUUGAAAGUUCCUGCCAAGCACAAAUUUUUCUAUCUUGUAAUUGCCAGUAAAAAUAUGAAAAAUUCAUAGAAAAUUACAACGAAUCUAUCAUACAUAAAGUAUCGUCUGUUGAACGUUACGACAGCGUGUAAUCACUGCAGCGUAGAUCGCUGAUUUUUAGGCCUACAUUUUUCUUUAUCGCAAUCUCAAAGCACUCGAGAACGUAACAGCAAUACCUACUGGAGUGUUAAAGCAAUAUUCGAGCCUGAGCGAGAAUGUCAGCGCACGUUAUGUGCUUGACCUCUUCCGGAGGAAUUCCUUUGUUCUCACGCCAAAAGGGGGACAGUGACACGAUGACAUUUUCGAAGAUCGCAUCCCUCAAUGGAGUUCACAUGUUCUUAAAAUCACAGGACAUCACUCUCCUGACUACGGAUCUGCCGGACGUGACGGUGGCGUGGAAGGAAUUCGAGCAGUGUAUCAUACUGAUAGCGAUUGCGAGCGGAGUGACAAAAUACGUGCUGGACAAGUUCCUGGACGCCACUUUCGGCGCAAUGGUCCUCUUCACCGGUAUCGACGAGAUAAAGAAUACCAAGAAUAUGGAGAGGCUCAAGAAAGACAUGCGUCUCUGCAGUCCUAUUAUCGACAGACUAAUGGACUGCUUGGACAUUGGGGACAAAAUCUCGACGAAAACCGAUAUGAUCAAUAUGACAGAAUGCAUCAUAUCUUCGGAAAGUCACUUGCUUCAGACCUGUUUAGAGGGAUUUAUGGAAUGUCUGAACUCGAUGUACGGAUGUAUUUUGGUGCACGGUUGCGUGGCAGCUGCCACGGAAGGCUGGUGGUCGCUGGAUCCUGUGGAAAGAAAAUUACUGACAAUAGCGAUCACUUCAGAGAGUGUUUGCACCACGCGAGACAUUCCCGUGUUUUUACCUUGUAAAAGUCCAAACGUGGCUUUCCGAUUGGUGUCUGUAACUCUAAUUAAUCACGUGGAAGUUCUGGCAUUAUGUGGACCGAGUCCAGAAUUAAUAGAAAUCGAGAGAUUUGCUGUGCAAUGCUGGAAAAACAGUAUGGAAGGAUUGAAUUCGGUUGAACAGUGCUAUCCGCGAAACCUACCUACGUCGGUGUCUUUAGACAGCGAAACACUUGGAUUUCUGCUGGCAAAUUACAAGAUAGAAAAAUUCGUACUUGGCAGGAACUCCCAGUGCGCGAAAAAUCGCGCGACAGGCUCGCACAGAUUAGACAUUCUGCGAACGUUUUAUCACCAAGCGGUCGAAACGUUCGCGCUGUCGAUCGAGCACGAGGAGAGCAACGACGAGACGCUAACCGCGAGCACCUGGAAAUUCGUCGGUGCGAAGGAAACGUACCUGUGUUCCGAAUAUCACAAAUGUCAUGCUGUGAAACAUGGUGACAAUAUACUUUGCGUUUUGUACACGUCUGUAGUGCCUACCCAUACCAUGAGACUGAUUAGUCAGAAAAUAGUAAAAAUGAUAUUUAGCGAUAAGCAGAUAUAUUGGUGACUUCCAUUUCUUUUUAUAUAUUUAUAAAAUAAAAUCUACUGUUUUAUAUUCUAA